AUGAUUGAUGCUUUGUCUGAACGUCUUAUGGGGAAAAUAUCAGAAGAUGAUUUAGAAUUACGUUUUCAGACUUUAGAAGCAGAAGCAUCUAAAGCGGCCAAACACAAAAAUGCUCAGUUUGUUAAACGUGAACGAUUCUACUCGGUUAGUAAUGGAGCUGAGAAUUUACGUUGUCAGAAUUCCUUAGAAAAUACAACACGGGGUAAUUCAUCAUCAGAUGAAAAUAUAUUCAAUAACAUAACAGAAAGAAAUGAACUAAAGAAUAGACGAUGCCAUUCUGUAACUAAUUUUUUUGCUACGACAAAAUCAUCAGACUUACAUAAUGCAUCAUCAUUAGAAUCAAGCCAACGUAAUUUGAAAUAUUCUUGUUUAGAACAGGUGAAACGAUUACAACUUCGAAACAAAUUAAUUAUAACAGAGGAUUUAUUAAAUCGUCUUGUGAAUCAUACAAAUUAUCCGAAUUUCGAGGCUGAUAUCCUAGAUUUAUUAGGUCGACAACCGAAUUGGCAUAGAAUCGCUAUUCUUUAUUAUCUUACUAGAUGUUCAGUUAGACAUAUAUUAAAUCUACAUAUAGAAAAGUUGGAAACAAUACAAGAGUCAACUUCAAGUUCAUCAAUGUUACGUCAAUCGAUAAAUAUUAAUUCAGAUAGUGAGGAAAUUGAUGGAAGUUAUUUACAAUCAUCAGGAAGUAAAUCACCUCCAAGUAAUUUUUAUCCAUCAAAUUCAACAUAUGAAACAAUAAUUCGUGAUACUGGCCAAUGUCGAGCAAAUAUAGGCCGAAUCAAAGAUUAUACAAUUACUUUUUUUACACGUUGGUAUGCAGAUUGGGUAUAUAAACGUGGUGGUUGGCAAUCUGUAAUCGAGGAAACUGAAGAUUCUGAGCUAGACUGA